AUGGCAGAGGGUGAUGUAGAAUGUUUCUCUGAGUAUAUGGAAGUCUGGAUCCACAGAAUGAGAAUUGAGGGGUUGAGGCUUUGGCUUUCUGGACUAUUGAGGAUUCAAGUGGGUCUGAUGUCACUGGAGAAUCUAAACCAUCAGCUGUCUUCAUGUGGCUUUGGGCUCCACAGAGAUCUGGACAAGAACUAUAUCUUUAGAGUCAUGUACAGUGGAUGUUUCGUGCAGUUAGAGCAAGGUAAUUAUGUGAUUGUGCUGAACUUGCUGAAGAGAGUAAGUCGUUUUGGAGGCAGGACUCAAAAGUUUAUGAUGAAGUGUCCAGCUGUGCCAGCACCUCCUAAUAGAGAGUACAUUCAGUGUGACUCAGACUUCAUUCAGGUUACAAGGGAGAUCCCUGUGAAUAACUGGAAUAUUGAGCUCGAUUGGUCUCUGGCUUUGAGAGGGAGUCUGGUGGUGGCUUUGGAUGAUUCUAGUCUUAUUCAAGUAAAUGUUGAACUGAACAAACCAAAUAUAACAGUUCAAGGGAGGAGGGACACAGUGUUAAGUCCUGUGCAGGUAUUUGAAUCUGAGGGACAAUUCUUACCUCUCAAACUGGUCAGUGGCCAUUAUGCCUACAGCAUGGAGGCAACCUGCCCAAACGUGAACCAGUCUUCAUCUCCAGACACAGUGCUGCAUAUCUAUAAACGGCGCAUGGGUUUGACUAAAAGAGGAGGAUAUCAAAAUGAGACCCUCUCUGUCAGUAGUUUGUUUGUAAAACAGACUGACAAUUUCACCUGGUCAGAGACAAGUGACUUUGUGCAGCUUAUCAUUCCCACAUCCCUCAUUCAACAAACGAAGGAAUGCGUUGGUCAAGAGGGUGACAAACUUCAGCAAAAUGUCUACAAGAUAGAUGCUGUUCUCACCUUUAAAGAGACAAAUCACAAAAUGCACUGGACCUUGGAAAACACAUCACCAUGUUCAGAGAUGUUAAGUGAUUUGCUGGUCACAAAAUCACCCCUGCAAUUGAUACUCAGUAACCCACAAGGAGUUACUUACUUUCAUGAUGGCCAACACAUCCAAAUGCGGGGAUUACAAACAGGCCACACUGAAAAGUUGACUCCUUCUAUAAAACCACAGACUACAUCUACAACAUCACAGACUACAGAUGAGGAAGUUAACAUAACCUCAGUAACUACCAAAAUCCUCUCAAAAACUGAGGCUCCCCGUACAUUACAUAUAAUUUCAUGA